AUGAGUCGACCGCAGGAUAGCAUAAUAGAUGAUGACGAGGAGUCAUGUCCACUUUGCAUCGAAGAAUUCGACCUCACAGACAAGAACUUUAAGCCGUGUCCUUGUGGCUACCAAAUAUGCCAAUUCUGCUUCAACAGUCUGAAGAACACAUACGAGAAGAGCACUUGUCCCAACUGCAGGAGGGUCUAUGAUGAAAAAACCAUUCAGUUCAAGAUUCCCUCCAAGGAGGAUAUUGUCCACGACAAGGAGAAUAAGGCACGCAAACAGGCAGCUACCAAGCGGAAAGAAGUCGAAAAGCGGGAGGUCGAGACCUCGAACAGGCGCAACCUUGCUGGGGUGAGAGUGAAACAGCAGAACCUUGUCUAUGUCAUAGGCCUGGUUCCCUCUGUCAAAGAUGAAAGCACCCUGCUCCAAACUCUUCGCGGCCCGCAGUAUUUCGGUCAAUAUGGCGAGAUCGACAAGAUAGUCGUCAGCAAGUCAAAGCCAGGCGCUACAAGCCAAGGCAUAGGGGUCUACAUUACCUAUGCGACAAAAGAAGCCGCCGCUCUCUGCAUCGAAGUGGUUGACGGGUCUAUGAAUGGCGACCGAGUUCUACGGGCGCAGUAUGGAACCACCAAAUAUUGCUCAGCAUAUCUUCGCAACGAGGUUUGCAACAACAAAAGCUGUACAUUCUUACAUGAAACAGGAGAGGAAGGGCAUGGCACCACGCUCCAAAAUGACCCUUCUCAUCCCAAGGCUGUCAGCCGCCCUAACUAUACUUCGCAAACAUCCAGUGUGCAGAACACUACUCGGCCCAUGCAGCCAGCUGCAGCACCAGGCCCUGCUUCGUCUCAGCCUAUGGGGCGAGAAACCAGUAAAGACGGAACAAAAGACCGCAUUAUUAGUGUAGAUACAUCUGCUCUACCCUCGACGGCUAGCUGGGCGAACAAGGACAACUCAGCAUCAACAACGAAAACUGGUCAACCCAAUCAAACAGAUGGCAGUUCUUCAGCAAGUCCACACAUCGCCCACGUUGCACCAUCAACUAAAAAGGAGGAAGACGAUGCACAACAUGAGAGCGCUGUGGCAGCCGAUGUGCCUGAGCCUUCUGGUCCUUCAACCGUCUUGAAACCUCAGCCAUCACAAGAAAAGCAAGAGUCCGUGCCAUCGUCAUCUGGAAGGACAAGUCCGAUGUCCGCUUCCGCCCAGAGCUCCUUGUUCGACAAGCUCGUCACGAAUGUUAAUUCGCCUGGUUUUCGCUUCUCUUUUGAUGAAAAGGCUUUUACGAACGAUGAAUUGGCUGCAAUUGAGCGUUGUCCAACCAUGAUCGAUCCAUACGGUGGGGCAAAGCGGCGAUUGAUGCGAGAGAAAGAAGCGGAGCGCUUGAAAGAGCAGCUCGAGGCUCAAGCAAAACUGCAGGGUACCUCUACAGCAGCUGUUGCAGCACCAGAGGAGGAAAACAUCGAAAGUGGAAGCCUUGCACUUGGUGGUGAACCUGAGGAGGGAAGCAGGAAUUUCUCUGCCGGGAGCGCCAUUCAACGCCCCAACCAAUCUUCAAAUGCUGGCAGCUCACUAAAUGAUCAAGUUUCUGCUCUCAGCCUCAAUUCCCGCAGCCUGACUCUGCAGCAACGACAACAAUUAACCUUGCUGAGCUCGCCAAAUGUUCAGCAAGCACCUGGUCUGGGUCAGCCCAAUCAACAGAGUUUUGGCUUAAGCACCUUUGGUGACCAGCGGCAUGGCUCGUACCAGAAUCAGCAAUAUGAUCCAACACAUGGCCAUGCCCGCCAAUCUUCAAGGUACUCCUUUGCCAACGAUUCGGUCAAAACUAACAAUCCUCCACGGUUUUCUACACAACAACAGCAGCAGUUGGGUCCAACGCCUCAACAUUUCUAUCCCAGCGGUGUUCAAGGCCCUCCUCCAGGCCUGAAAACCGCAGGCACUCCGCCCAUCAGCGGCGGAGGCAUGUUUGCACAGGGGCAUGGAUUUACGAGUAACAUGAAUGCUGGCUUCGGUGCGGCCAAGGAUGCAAAUGCCGAAAUGCUCCUCAGAGGCAGAAGUGGCACUGGGUCUGGACAUGAUGGUUCGAAGCGUGAGUACCAGCUUUCCUUGCACAACAAUUCCUACCGCCCUCCUCUCUCAGCCCCUGCCCCUGGCCUUCUCAACUCGCUCUACGGUCCAUACUCAGGGACAUACCAAGAUCCUGGACUUGUGAAGCAGAAGAAGAAGGGGAAGAAGCACAGACAUGCUAACACUUCCUCCUCAGGAGGUGGUGUGGUAGAUCUUGCGGACCCGAGUAUACUGCAGGCGAGAUUGCAUCAAAACACUGGUGGUAGUGGGCAGGGGCUGUUUGGAGGCCAGCAUCCAGACGACCAGGACUUCCCUCCGCUUGCUCCACCAAUGAAACUGCGAGAGACGCUGCCAACUGCUAAGUCACGUAUCCACUCGGUUCAGGGCUCUUUAGAUUCUCCUGUUCGUUCGUCAACGCCUCGGAUCCCACCGGGUCUGAGUCUGCCACACGCUCAUCCAUCACCGUCAUUUUCCGAAGACGUUGAGACGAAGAGCAAGGAAAUGAAACCCUCCAGCAAUGUGACUGGUCCAGUGGUUCCCGCUCUGCCCAUCUUGCCAAUUGGUCAUCGUCCAGCUACCCCGAGACAAAAAGCGGUUACACCACCAGUGACUUCUCAAUCCGCAGAGGACGCCAAAGAUGUCGCUGUCCCAAAAUCCGUGAAGGAUAGGAUUACAGCCGAAGAGAAGGUCGAUGCGGUCCUUGAAACAAUUGCACGAACAAUCAAUAUCAACCCCAGAUCUGCGGAAAUUCAGUCUUCUGGAGCGGAAGACACAUCCAAGAAUGCGCCCAAAACAGGAGGCGCUCCCAAGCACGAUGCGAUCGGAAACAGCGAUAAGCAGUCUUCCUCGCAGAAAACAACAGUGAUACCCCCUCGGAAACUCGAUAUCUUAGCAGCACUUGCACAAAAGCCCCAGCUUGGAGUGUCGACUUCGACGAUAAAUCCGCAAGUACUCUCGCAAAGUAUGGUUGCAACGCCCAUCACCAUUGAAUCAUUUCCCAGCACGCCAGCUGCACACACGAUCAAAUCUCCUGACUGGACCUCUGCCGGUCGUCCUAGAACAUUACGGCUCACCACUACAACAACACCAAAGGCUGAAGCAGCGCUCUCGCCUGCGGUGACAGAGCGAUCGGGCACUCUACCUACCGCUGUGCUGAAGCAGACUUCUCGGCAACCCUCCUUAUCAUCAAUCUCUCGUAGCCGUCCCUCUACACCCACUGUUUCGGAGCAUGGAACAUCAACGGGAAUUUCAAGAGCUGGGUCACCUCCUCCCUCAGAUCUAGGAGGGUCAGCGCCAGAGAGGAACAAGAGCAAGAGCCAGGCCAAAAAGGAGAGAAGAGCCAAGUCCAAAACAACUACUGACAUCAGAGAUGAUGAAUUUGUUGUUUCGACUCCAACCAUUGCCGAAGAGGUCGGCCCAAUAAUUUCAAGGCAGAAGAAAAAGAAGAGAACCCAGGAGAAGAGUAGUCAGAUUUCUCCAGAUGCGGAAUCUGCGGACACCUCUAACCCUGAACCUGCUGGUGCAACCCCAGCCGAGAAGGCUUCUAAGAUCGGAUCUAGGAAAAGCACAAAGGAGACGAGCUCGAUGUCUAGCCAGGAUCGUCCUCUUGCAGAUACAAAAAAACACAAUGUCAAAGCCAGACCGGGCAAAGCAAAGGGUGAAAAGGGGAAUACUCGGGCCGCGUCAAACGAUAAGAACAAACAGAGUACGCCUGAGGGUUCGGCGCGGAAGGCGUACACAAUCCAGGAUCUUCUUAAUGAUGCUGCAAACCUUCCGGCCACUGAGCAUGCCCUGUCCGAGUUACUGAAUGCCUCAAUCUCCGCCACAUCCACGCUUUUGCAAGAACUAUUCGAAUCGAAGGAGAUCGACAUCAACAGCGCUCUAUUCAAUACACCUCCGUUAACAAGCUAUAAAUUACCACCUCAACCAUGUAAAGGAGCCGACUACCUAGAUGCAAACGGGUACACCAUGAACUCCCCUUUUGGGGAGAUCUAUAUUUCGGGGAGCGAGCGAAAACAAUUGUUUCAAGGUCGGGAUGUCAGGCAUUCGGACCCGAACAAGCCCCAAAAUGUGCUCAAGAGAAACAUGAUUACGCCUACCGGAGCGAUCUUCCGUCACCUCUCGGCGGAGGAAGAAGAGAAGGUCCUUGGGCUUGAGAAGCGCAUGCGAGAGAAUGAAGAAAAGUACGGCGUUACUGGAAAGGGCGAGCUUAAGCCUCUGGACGACAUGGACUUCAUGAAUCUAACUGGUGGCCUACAAGAACUGUUGGAUUUCCCACCACUUCACCGCAUUAGUCUUGUGACAUCCGAGCCAGGCACCGAAGGUGCAGAAGAUGAUGACGCUGAUUUGGGUGAAAACGGAUCCGACGAAACCGAGGAUGAAAUGGCGCCGUUGGCAAGUGGCUUCGGCGCGGCGCCGGAGGGACCCAUGAGAAAACCCAUGACGCCCACAAUGAAGAAGGCUGAAGCUCACAUGGCGGUGAAUUUGAGGAACCUUGAUGUUGAUAAGCUGCAGAAGCGGAUCAGAGAGACACAAGUUGAGAUGGAGGGGGCUAGGAAGGAAAUGGAGGCUUUGGAGAAGAAGGCGGCGAGAAAGGCGAAGGAUGUUGCAAGGUGGAGGGAAGCAUUACUGAAGGAGAUUGGGAGAGGGUUGUGA